AUUAAAUCAAAAUAGAUUUAGGCUAGACUGAGAACAUACACAAUACAAGUGCAUAUACGGCUGAAUCGAUAUUACAUUUCAGUUGAUAUUAGUACCACUCGUCGGUAGCCAUUUGUAAUCAGAGUAGGGUAUCUGAUAGCGAGUUCAGCAAUCUUAGUGUUCCAGGGCGAACUAGACUUAUCAAGCAAAAUGCCGACUUACAAACUGAUGUACUUCAAGGGCAGGGGCAAUGGUGAAUUGCUGAGACUACUAUUCGCUCAAGCUGAAGUGAAAUACGAAGAUGUCAGACUGACUGGUGAAGAAUGGCAGAAAAUCAAACCGACUUCGCCAUUUGGUGUGAUGCCUAUGCUGCAGAUAGAUGACACUUUGGUAGGAGAAACAGGAACUAUUGCAAGAUAUAUUGCUCGAGAGAACGGACUUGGUGGUAAAACGAGUGUUGAACAAGCCUUAGCUGAGUCUGUCUUCGACUCAAUGGGAGAUGUCAAGAGUGCAUUUGGAAAAGCCUACUAUGAGAAAGAUGAUGAACGGAAGGCUGAGUUUUUCAAGCAAGCGACAGAGACACUCGACAAGUGGUUCGGCUUUAUUUCAACAAUAUACACCAAGAAUAAUGAGGGGAAGGGCUGGCUUGUUGGCGACAGUCUGACUUUUGCUGAUAUUGCCGUAUUCAGUAUGAUUGAUCUACUAAGCAUUAAAAUGCUAGCAGACGCUGCGUCUGUAGUCGACAAACAUCCAUUGAUGGUCUCCCUCAGAGACAAGGUGGCCGCACUGCCUAACAUUGCUAAAUGGCUCAAAGAGAGACCGGCCGAUGACUAAACAUUGAUAUCUGAAGCCUCAGUCACAUUUGGUCUACGGUGGGCGUAGGGCGGCCGUAGCUUCACAAUAU